CAACAGAAAAUAAAUAUGCUUCUAUUCAGCCAUAGAAAGUCUGAAAUGACAGACGUUGAGCAGCUAAAGUGUCCCCACACCUCCCCUCUCCAGUUCCAGUGUUGUGCUUCGAACAGUUGGGCGGGUCGAAGCUGCUACCUAGCUAGCAGUUCGCCGUAAAGCUAAUGACGUUAGCAUGAUUUCAGGUGCAGACGAACAUAGUAAAGUGAUACAAUCCACAAUCAAACAAAACAUGGGGUACAGUGUGACCUUACAGCAGAGGGUAGAGUCGACUGGCCGGGACAGUCAUCCCCACAGAGCUCAGAGGUCAUCUUCAGGCCAGGCUCGAGUCAGCCGGGCUGUGCUGGGUGGAGGACUCAACAUCGACACCCUGCCAAACAACAUGACACGCGUAGUGGAGGAUUCUGGGAAGUAUUAUACAUGGCGCAGCUAUGGCCCUGAGGACCAGCGCGCACAGGAACUAUGGGUAGACAUGAGUGACACUCGACACGGCCAAGUUAGAGUCCAUGGCAUUCUGUCAAAUUCAUACAAGCAGGCUGUGAGGGUUGCCCUAUCGUUUGCCUUCCCUUUUUAUGGACAUUACCUGAGGCAGAUUACCAUAGCAACAGGAGGGUUCAUCUUCACAGGGGACAUUACUCACCGUAUGCUGACCGCAACGCAGUACAUCGCGCCGCUAAUGGGUAACUUUGACCCCAGCUACUCCAAAGACUCCACCGUGCAAUACCUGGAUAAUGGUGAGGUGUUUGUGGUCCAGUGGGAGCGGGUCAGACUCCCAGGAAAGGAGUCAGCAGGGGCCUUUACAUUUCAGGCUGCGCUUCACAAAUCAGGAACCAUCACGUUCAGCUACAGAGAUAUCCCUCUGCCGUUAGAUGUAAUCAGUUCAGCUGACCAUCCUGUAAAGGCCGGUUUGUCUGAUGCCUUCAUGGUCACGGACCCUGCUCCAGAAUCACCAGAUGAUAAGAAGCAAACCAUUUAUGAGUACCAUCGGGUUGAGCUGGACACGACAAAGAUCACUAACUACUCUGCUGUUGAGUUUACUGCACUGCCCACCUGCCUGCAACACGACAGCUGUGAACUCUGUCUCUCAUCAAACCAGACCUCUGGCUGCAGCUGGUGUAAUGUACUUCAGAGGUGUUCAGAUGGCAUGGACAGACACAGACAAGAAUGGUUGGACUAUGACUGCUCAGAAGAGAGUAAAGAUGGAACCUGUGAGGAUUACUCCAGGGCUGACAACUCCACUGGUUCCUCUAUCAUACCAGAGGUCGAGGAUGAGACCCCUUUGACUCCUAUUCAAAAAGGCUGUAAAAGUGAUGAUGAGACCAAACAUCAUAUAUAUAACACUGGAAAUGAUGUGAGGACAGAUUCUUCAUCCAGGGGUGACAUGUUGGCAAACACCGGAGUGGUAGCCGGCAUAGCAGCUGCACUGGUGUUACUUUUGGCUCUGAUACUGGUCGCUCUUUACAUCAACUAUCAUCCCACAGCUGCAUCACCACUCUACCUCAUCCAGCGGCGAAAGAACUACUGGCCCUCCUUGAAGUUUAAGAAGCAACAGCCUGGUUACACAGAAGUAGAGGGAGAAGGUCACGAAAAAGCCUGUAUUGUUGAAGCUGGGCCAUGUUGAAGUUACUGGUAGAAAAUCUGAAAAACAAGAUGUUGGAAUUAAACUAAUUGAUUCAUUUUUAACAAUUUCAUGCCCAGAAAAAUUUACAUUGUGUAUCUGGAAUUUUCAGGCCACUCAAGACUCCAUUGAAUAAAAACAUAAAAAAUUGUUAAGUGGAUAAGGAAUUGUGUUUGAUAUGAAAUGGCAUCAGUAAAAAAGUAUAUUUUUAGUGGAAUAAAUUGUAAUGCAUUCAAAAUGUGACCAAAUCUGACUGCAAUAAAGUGUGCAAUGCAUGCCGCACUUCUGAAAACCCUGAACUAUGCUUAUUUUAGCAAAGUAAUAAAGAUAUUACUGUACU